UCCUUCACAACAACAAGCAAACUGAAACAAUCUUCGUAGGUCCUAAAAAUGACAUUUUAAAUUUCGUGCAAGUUGUGUAACAUAAAAUUUAUAUACUACGAAUACUGUAGGAGCUUCUGGAAUCUUCAUCGCCACCACGAAGCCCCAAAAGCCAAUCUGCACUAUUUUGAUUUUCCACAAAUUUUUUCCUAUUUUCCAUUUCCAAAAAAAAAAAAAAUUAAUCGAGAUUGCUUCGUCGUUAGUUUUUCCCAAACUCCUCUCCUCAUUUUCAUUUCCUCAUUUCUGCUUUUAAAAAUACAUAACACAAAGAGAGAGAGAGAGAGAGAGAGUCUCCAUCGGAUCCUGUCUUCUUCUCCUCUAAACCGAUCUAAUCAUCAUCUUCUUGUUUCUUCCAGAAAUCUCGCCGGAGUUUUUUUUUUCCGAAGGUUGUUGUUAUGGCGGAGGAACACAGACUACAAGAACCAAAACUAUGCGCUAACAAUUGUGGUUUCUUCGGAAGCACCGCUACGCAAAACCUUUGCUCCAAAUGUUUUCGAGAUCUACAGCAUCAACAACAAAGCUCCUCCACCGCUAAACACGCUCUUAAUCAAUCCCUAGCCGCCGCAGCCGCUUCCGCUUCCGCCGUUUCUUCUCCCGACGGUGCUGCUGCGUCGUCCUCUGUAUCGCCACCGCCACCUCCAGUUGUCAAAACGAAUUUGGGGAAACGAGCGGCGGCUGAUGCGGUGGAGGAGGAGGAGGAGGAGGAAGGGCCGCCGCAAGAUCCGAAGCGGUGUUUGACUUGUAGGCGGCGAGUUGGAAUAACGGGGUUUCGUUGUAGGUGUGGUUUUGUGUUCUGCGGGACGCAUAGGUACGCGGAGCUGCAUGAAUGCUCCUUUGAUUUCAAGCGGAUGGGGAAAGACAAGAUCGCUAAGGCGAAUCCGAUUGUGAAAGCUGAUAAGCUCGAGAAGAUUUGAUAUGUUUGUUGUUGUUGCUUGCUUGCUGUUGCUUUGGUUUGUGAGUUUGUUGGGAUGAAUGAAAACACACAUACAUACACAUGAACCAAAGAAACAUGCUAUAUUGUAAAUUUAAAUCUUUUAUCAUUUUAAGCUUAUUUUGAUUUCUUUUAGUUUGGUUCCAAUCCAAGUGUUCUGGUUAUCAAUAUUGAUUUUUGAUUGUUUCGUUUGAUGUUCA